UUGCACUUGACAGGCAAGCACUUGUCCUACUGAGCUAUCUCCCCAGCCCCGAACCUAAGGUUUUGAUGGAUUCCAGAUGGCACUUCUUUCCUAGGAUCAUUUCUACCGAUCACCUAAGAGUAAAUCUGAGCUUUAGGGCUACAAGUGCCCAACCUGGUUACCAUCAUUUCUUAUAGAAUUCCUUUCUCGGGAUACCUACAUUUCAUCUGUUAAUCUUCAGGCAAAAAGUGCCCCCAUUAGAUGUGUGCCUUGUUCAUUCAUUGCACAACCACCAGUUUGCAUGGCAGUCCUGGGCCACCCAGCCCUUGAGAGCCCCUAAAAGGAGGCAGAACUUGGCUAAGCCGUUAGAGUCACAGCACAUUGCAGUGGAUACCCUUGCCAGCUGGCCUCCCACAACCUGAGGUGGACACAGAGCCCUGCACACCUUGCUUCUCAGAAACCCCAGAGAAAGGACAGAGGCCUAGAUUUGUUUUAAUGACUUUCUAGUUUUAUCUUCAUGACCUCUGACUUCCCUGUGGAGCAAAAACAUGUGAAGACUUUGGCUGACCAUACCGAGGCAAGCAGACCUAAGCAGAACAUGGACAGGGACAGCUCAGAACAGCAGGCCUGGCCUGAGAUGUGAGCUAGAAUAUAGCUGGAGCUGAAGAGACAGGGCUAACAGGAAAGGACAUGGGCUGCUGUCAGGACACUACCACUUAUUGGAGGCCAGGCCCCUGCUGAUGUAGCAGCCCUCACCCUGGCCCCUUACUGCCCCCCACCCUUCUCCCCCGCCUGCCAGCUGCCAACAGGGCUCUGCCCUGUGUCUGCCACACCUGUCACUGCCUGUCCUUGUCCGGGGGGGCCCCAUCAGCCCCUCCUCAGCUGCCUAGCAGAGCAGGCAGGCAGUGGGAGGGGAGGGAACAUGGAGCGGGGGCCGGUGGUGGGGGCAGGGCCGGGGACCGGGGCCCGAAUCCGGGCACUGCUGGGCUGCCUGGUCAAGGUGCUGCUCUGGGUGGCCUCUGCCUUGUUGUACUUUGGAAGUGAACAGGCUGCCCGCCUCCUAGGCAGCCCCUGCUUACGGCGCCUCUACCAUGCCUGGUUGGCAGCAGUAGUCAUCUUUGGGCCGCUUUUGCAGUUCCAUGUCAACUCCCGGACUAUCUUCGCCAGCCACGGCAACUUUUUCAACAUAAAAUUUGUGAAUUCAGCGUGGGGCUGGACAUGCACCUUCCUGGGGGGCUUUGUGCUGUUGGUGGUGUUCCUGGCUACUCGGCGAGUAGCAGUGACUGCCAGGCACCUGAGCCGACUAGUGGUGGGGGCUGCCGUGUGGCGGGGCGCCGGCCGAGCCUUCCUGCUCAUCGAGGACCUGACCGGUUCCUGCUUUGAGCCCCUACCCCAGGGCCUGCUGCUCCAUGAGCUGCCUGACCGCCGCAGCUGCCUGGCAGCUGGCCACCAGUGGCGGGGGUACACAGUUUCCUCCCACACCUUCCUGCUCACUUUCUGCUGCCUGCUCAUGGCCGAAGAAGCAGCCGUGUUUGCCAAGUACCUGGCCCAUGGGCUGCCUGCUGGUGCCCCCUUGCGCCUUGUCUUCCUGCUCAAUGUGCUGCUGCUGGGCCUCUGGAACUUCUUGCUGCUCUGCACUGUCAUCUAUUUCCACCAAUAUACUCACAAGGUGGUGGGUGCAGCAGUAGGUACCUUUGCCUGGUAUCUCACCUAUGGUAGCUGGUAUCAUCAGCCCUGGUCUCCAGGGAGUCCAGGCCAUGGGCUCUUCCCCCGUGCCCACUCCAGCCGCAAGCAUAACUGAAAAGAAAUAAAGGCACAUCUGGCCUGGC